AUGGCUGGUGUUGCUCAUUUGCACCUCGAUCCGCGUUGUUUGGCGUGUUGUUUUGUUUACUUUCGGAAUUGCAGAGGGCUAGCUUGCCGACCGGGCCUGGUUGAUCGAAUUCGGAUCAGUGUAGACGCUGUCGUGUCCAAAGUGUCUGAGGGCUCGGCUUCUUGUCCCACCCAUCUCAUCUCUUCUUUCUUUUUCGUAAUUUUCCAAAAAUCAACCCGCCGGCUCAAUAACGGCCGCACCGUGCAUUCUGCCGUGCUCUUCCGUGGGAGUGGCUGCCGAACAUCAAGCCAUCCAUUCCUCCAACAUAAUCAGCGACGAAGGAACCGCGUGCGGGCUGGUGACAUCACAAAACAAGGAUUCUCCCCGCCGAGUCGGCGGCGGUGCUUCCAAUCCCCCCGCCCAGCUAGUGUGCCAAGUUAGCAGCAAGGCCGGGUGCGCGUCAGCCGAAAAGAACGGUCAGGCCGAGACUGGGCCGCCUAGGGGCCAGAAACCGUCGGCCAAGCCCCGAGGCAACAGUUCAACUCAGGAAUCAACCCCAGAUCUUCACCGUCCGCGCAAACGCUCCUCCGGAGCCUCCACCUCCAGCAAGAUGCGCAUCCUCGGAUGCAUGAGCCACACCGGCGCCUUAGGGGAAGAGGAGCGAGAACAACGAAAAGUCAACAAACAGAUCGACGAGCAGCUUCAGAAGGAGAAACAGGUGCUCCGUGCCACCCAUCGGUUGCUUCUGCUGGGCGCUGGUGAAUCCGGAAAGUCGACCAUCGUCAAACAGAUGCGGAUUCUGCACAUAAACGGCUUCAACGAGAAGGAGAAACGAGAGAAGAUUCAAGACAUUCGACGUAACGUGCGAGAUUCAAUCACGGUAAGAGGGAUUUUCUAAUUCUAUAGUAAUCAAGAGUAACACUCUUUUGUAGAUAUAUAGUAAUCAAUUGUAAUAUACAACAAAUUUUUUUGACUAAAGUCUUCUAAACUGUGAAAUAAUAAUAUUGUAGGUGAUUGUGAAAGCGAUGGACGAGAUCGACCCGCCAGUAGCAAUCGACAACCCGGCCAACGAAGCCAGCAAACGCUACAUUCUGGACGAAGCCAAUCAGCCGGAAUUCGACUACCCUCAGGUAACAAUUGCUUACACUUACAACAACAAUGUUACCUUUAAAAUCAAAUAUAUUUUCACAAAUAUGACCAUAGUAAUAACGAUAUCCUUUCUAAAAACCUCAAAUUGAACCUUUGAGCCUAAAACAAUAUUACUUUAAAGUAAUAUAUUCAAUAUUGCAGGUAUUUUAUGAUCACGCCAAAAACCUCUGGCACGACAAAGGCGUACAAGCGUGUUUCGAGCGGAGCAGCGAGUACCAGCUGAUCGACUGUGCCAAAUACUUUUUGGAGCGGAUCGACGAAGUCAGGAAUCCCGACUACAACCCGUCGGAACAAGAUAUUCUACGUUGUCGUGUCAUGACUACGGGUAUUUUCGAAACCAAGUUCGAGGUGGAAAAAGUCAGAUUCCAGUAGGUUUUGCUUAUGUUAUACUAGGUUUCCGUUUAUGAUAGGGUAUUUUUUAACGAUUUUUGAAAAAUUUUUGGGGUUUUGGGAAAGACAUUUGGCAAUUUUUGUGAAUUUUCUUGCUUUGUGGCCUUUAAUAAUAUUAUUAUUGAGUUUCCUUUUGACUUUAAUUGGCUAUUUUUCAAUUUUUAAAAAUUUUAAAUAGUUCUUUCAAAAAGAAAUGUCUGUUAUAUUGUUGUUUACUAUAAUAUGUCAAUUACUUCAUUGUAUUUCAGCAUGUUCGACGUCGGAGGCCAGCGAGACGAGCGACGAAAGUGGAUUCAGUGCUUCAACGACGUGACGGCCAUCAUCUUCGUGUGCGCGUCGUCGUCGUACAACCUCGUACUGUGGGAGGACAACACGCAGAACCGGUUGAAGGAGUCGCUAGCCCUUUUCCGGAACAUCUGGAACAACCGCUGGCUAAAGACCAUAUCAGUUAUAUUGUUCUUGAACAAACAGGACCUCCUGGCCGAGAAGAUCAAGACCGGCCGCUACAAGCUGGAGAACUACUUUCCCGAGUUCAGCAACUACCAGAUACCCACCGAGGCCGUCUUCGCGCCCACCGAGGACACGCAAGUCGUCCGGGCCAAGUAUUUCAUCCGCGGCGAAUUCCUGGUGAGCGUUUUUUACUUUUUCUGUUUUUCGGCCAGAGGGCUUAACAUCAAAAACGGAGCUAAAAAUAGAAAUGCCGCUUCUAUUUUUAGCCGAGAAUGUUUUGCUCCCAUUGCACGUCUUUACUUGCUUCGUACUGCUCUAUAAAAUUGUUUUUACCUUAUUAUUUUCUCUCGCCGUCUGCCCGCUCUCUCGCAAACCUUUGUUUACAAUUUGAAUAAUUUGAACAAAGUUUGACGAAUGCGGGUUUGACUCGGGAAUGCAUGUUAACAUACUCAAGAGUACAACAUAUACAGGUCUAAUAGUGAAAUGAAAAGCAUUUUAUACAUUUGGCAACAUUACUACACAUCUAUCACAAUUUUUAAAUUCUACCACAAUUAGAAAUAACUGUCUCAAAAUCUUAUAACAUCGUGAAAUCAAAUACGAUAUACAGUCAGAUACUAUCUUCACAACGCAAAAUUGUCUGCGAAUGAUCUGUGAUGCUCUAUUUUUCCAAAUUAGGUGCUAUUAGACUCAAAUUUGGUCCAGUUUCAGUCCAAGGAUUCAAAAAACUGGAAAAAAACUAUUGUAACUUUAGAAGACCAAAUUAACUGCGAUUAGGGUGUCUACUGUAGUCUCGUACAGCGUAGAACAAUAUUACAAGUCUCCCGAGUUAAACUUGUUGUGAUAAGCGCCCAUCAGAUAACGCGUUGCCAAAAAUAACUUCUCCUUCUAUUUUAAUGGAAUCUGCAAGUUUAUAAAAGGUUUUGCAACCAGUAUUCUCAUCGAUAAGAUCGCUUUCAGGCCGUUUGGACCUUUUGUAAGUUCGCUUCUUGAUCUUUAACAUUGAUUCUUGACCUUUUAAAAUUUUACCUCUGUCCGCCUUGAAUAAUAUAAGAUUGUGUUUUGUUAAUGUACAACAAUAUUCAUUUGAUGGUGAACGUACCUUGCCUGGCUUUCUUGAUUUUCUCAUCUAGUAGUACCCUCUUUUCUUACUUUUCCGUCACAAAAUGUAUACCAAACCAAUUGUUCUUACUAAAAAUGUCGAAGUUUGCAGCCUGCAACUAACAAAAUGUUGUCGGGCGCAGUUUGUCUAAUAUCUUGAAUAAUUAAAAUUUGGUUUCUAUGAAUUUCCUAAACAAAUAUUUGUUUGAUCAGACCAAGUUAAGACUAAUAGACAUUUUUACCCAGUAUAACCUUAAGUGUAAGAUAUAUUCAUCAAUUACUUGGGUAUUAUAACAUAUUACUCAAUAUUAUACUUGAUUAGUAUAAACUUUCAAUAAUUUCAGAGGAUAUCGACAGCGUCGGGCGAGAACCGUCACCACUGCUAUCCCCACUUUACCUGCGCGGUCGACACGGAGAACAUACGACGAGUGUUCAACGAUUGCCGCGACAUCAUCCAGCGUAUCCACCUCAGGCAGUACGAGCUGUUGUAA